AAUGGAGCGGAGCAUCGAGUUCUGCACGGAGAAAUGGCCAGACUCCAUACGAAAAGAGCUUUAUGGCGCCUUCAGCUUUGUACUGGUGUACGCCGUGCCAGGCUGUAUCGUGGUGGUGUCGUACGCGCUGAUGGGCCGCCGCCUGUGCUCCGUCAUGCCGCCUUUCGACCAGACCGAGGGCAGUGCGAACAGCCAACAGCGCCUCCGACUUGUGCGCGAGCGGAAGCGCGUAGCCUGGAUACUGCUGCUGCUUGCCAUCCUGUUCGCACUCUGCUGGCUGCCCUACAACAUCCUGCAACUCCUGAUCGACGUGAAUGCUGUGCAGGUGGACUCUAGCGCUUUGCUGAUGCCAUACACUCUGCUGCUAGGGCACGCGAACUCCGCAAUCAACCCCAUAGUGUACUGCCUGAUGACGCGCAACUUUCGGCGGUCACUGCGCAAGCUGCUGUGCCACGACCCGGGUAACAUACACUCUAGUACUCAUUUCCAUAUGCAGGGCUUAAGACAAAAAUCCAACACGUCUAGCGGUCGCACUCGCACUACUGUCACGUUCCGCAGCAGCAACAACCAGAAGCCGUGUGCCCCGAGCAUCCAGUACGGGAAGGUAGCCCGCACCACCUCGCUAAAGGACAACGGCUGGAGAGGCGAGAAAACUCCACAGUUCCUGUAAAAAGGCGUAGGAGAACGUACGUCACGUUUGACGUUGAUGUUUAGGCGUUUAAGGUGUGUUUCCUUGCUUGACUGCAAAAUAGAUCAUGUCUGUAUGUCCUUGGAAUAGCCUUAAAUGUAGCAAAA